CGAAAGCAAUCACCAACUCCUCGCACACUAUACUUCUUGUUUCUGCAAACUUGCACAAUGGCCACCGCUUUCAGCUCCCUCCCCGCCGUACUCAACCCGCCCCUGCCCGACCGCGAGGCCGUCAUCGACGCCCUCUACCGGGCCUGCCUGGCGUGGGAUACCAACGAUCAAUCUCUUUGCGACACAGCCUUCACCACCGAUGCUGUCCUAUCCUUGAAUGGCCAGGUCAUGACUGGCCGCGACCAGAUUGCCAAGGACGGCAACGCCCUCAUCUUCACCCUCGACACCACCCAUCUUGUGGGCAACACGCGCGUCACCUUUACCACGCCCAGCGGCGGCGAUGGUGAGCAGCAGUCGGCUAGUAUUACCGCCACCGUCAUGGCCCAGCACUUUGUGGGCAGCAAGGGUUUUGACCUGGCACCCGAGUCCGCCAACAUCCCGUACCUUAUGAAUCACAACAAGCACCUCAUGUCCGGGACCUUGUACAGUGGCGACCUGAUCAAAGACAGCACCGAUGGGCUGUGGAAGUUCAAGUUGCUGAAAAUCAAGCCGAACUGGAUCGAGGGGCACUUUAGCGUGGUUGGUGGGGGCCCCUUCGCAUCCGGCGAGAGGUAAAGCGGACGUGGCCUGGUACGAUAUGAG